AUGGGAUGCGCCUACGCGUUCAACAUCAAUUUAGAAUCGCAUGAGAAUUAUGAAGGUGUGUGCAGCUCCACAACUACUUGCGCGGACGAGUCAAACUGCCAACGGUACCAACUUAUCGACCCUGGAGGAAUGAAAGGCUUGGUUGGCAUUGGCGGCAGUUUGGAACCGUCGAUCGAUUUCGCGGUACGGAAAGAAAAGAGGAAGAGCACCGAGGGAUUGGAGUCAGCUAUGGCUACAAUUACCUUUUAUUCUUUCACAUUUACGUGUGUGCUGCUGCAUCCACUCCUCGUAUCAGGAAAAGGUCUACUGUUAUUGGAGGAGAGGGGCGAGCAAACAAUUGUCCAUCCCCUGAGUGGGGUCGCUACUAGUGUGAUUGAGGGCCAUGUACUGGAUAUUCUGGAACUUGAAGAACCACCACCUCGUGUCUCAAUCCUUAAGCGCAAUGAUAAGAUUGCAAACUUCAUGGCUCAAUUAUACCACGACCUUGAACAGAAAGAUGAAAGUUUUGCUUCUAAUGGUUUACCGAACGGGGAAGAAUGGAGUUCCGCUGACAGAAUAGUUUCCUUUUCGCCUGUAGAGACAAGCUUCUCGAAAGGAAUACUCGAAGCUAAAUUUGAUGGUGCUGAUUUGCCGUCGAAGAAGGAGUCUCAUCUAGUCGCUGCGCAGCUGCGGAUAUUUCUACCCAAAAAUAUUGGAUUCACAAAAGUCUCGAUAUACAACAAUAUAUCGGGAUUCCUUGAACUAGUUGAUUCAACAAUAGCUACAUCGCGGGAUAAAACCAUAGGUUUCAACGUUACACGUAUAGUAUCUAACUGGGUAGAUGGGUUACCUGAACGAAGGAUCUUCAUAAGACUGGAUGAAGGAAUCGAUUCACCUCACAUGUUCACAGGGGAGCUUGAAAGUUUUAUUAUAUCUUUCUUCGUUGACGGAAGUUUUGAUGUUCCUAAUCGAAGAAAAAGAUCAAGACGAGCUGCUGAACCAGUUACUGGAACAGUUACUAUCAAAAAGGAGGAAAUAGUAGGAAGAUCAUCUCGUGGUGAAACGGAAGGGUGUCAUGUGCAAAGCCUGUACCUCAACUUUGCUGACAUAGGAUGGAGAGAAUGGGUCAUCGCUCCCGAAGGGUACUCAGCAAAUUACUGCUCUGGUGCUUGUUCCAGUGAUUCUCCUAUGCAUAGCAAGAUGAAUGCUACUAACCAUGCUAUUGUUCAAACGUUGGUUCAUUUGGUGGAUCCGAAACGCGCGGACGAGGCAAAAUGUGCGCCAGUGCAUUUGUCGCCGGCAAAAAUACUGUUCAUCGAUAAUCAUGGAAAUGUUGUGAUGAGAAGAUAUCAAGACAUGUCAGUGCAGGAAUGUGGAUGUCUCUAA